UCUCUCUCUCUCUCUCUCUCUCGGUAUUCUUCUUUCUUAGCGGCGGCGACAGAGCGAGUGGCGCCGCCCUUGCCAGUCCGUCGGACGCUUCGCCGGGCGACAAGGAGCGUUAGUCAUCCUGGUCCUGGAAUAUGAGAAGGUUCUUCUCAUUUCGCUCGUUCACAAGCAGUGCCGGGAAUGGCAAAGCAGCACCGGCAAAUGAUGCCAUGAACGAGAACAAACUUGAUGAAGGUGGAACUGGCAGGGCUUCCCAAUCUCCUGGUGCACGGUCAUUCCGAUCAAGAAGCCGGCAUGGUGCAUCGAGGAAUGAGGAAUCUUCCCAUCCACAGCUCAGGAGGUCCUUUUCAUUUUCAUCAUCAGCCAUUGAUCGUUCCUUGGAUGAAAGGAUGAUGUCACGCGAUAUUCCGUGUUCUAUGUCCAAUGAUUCUGAUGCGCCUGGUCAUAUCGGCGAAGUGGAGUGCUACACAUGGUCUCCAGAAAGACACCCCAGCAGAAGAGAAUACACAAUAAAGGUCCCAAAUUCACAUGGAUUCCAAGAAACUGACUCAUCUCAUUCAAGAUGCCAGUCAUGCUCAACAGGACACUCUCCUGUCAGUUCUCCUGUUGCGUUAAAAUGCAGGCCUGCUAGGUUGACCAAUUUAUUGAAUAAGAAUGAGGUGCUAGAUCUGUACAUCGAUAGUGAGCAAGAAGUUACCAGAUUAAAUGAGAAACAGAACCAGAAAUUCCCCAUCAGAUCUACAGCUCCAUACUUGGGGCAGGGACGGCCACCACGGCCACAUUCUACAGCGCCAUCUUCACCAACAUUGCGUAAAGAGAUUGUUGAAAGCCCCUCCAACAUUGAUAUUGAUGAUGCCUGGCACUCCCAACUUGCUCAUGGGGGGACUAACGGCACCUGCAAGGUUGCAUCUAUGUGUCAUGGAGGUGGCCAUGAUGCAAGACAUUUUAAAGUAUCUUCUGAGAAGCUUUCACAUUUUGAAGAGCUCAGAUCACAAACUAUGACUACUGUGGAAGAUAUCUAUGAGGACUUGCAAGAUGUACGACCUCCAUCUCCAUUCUUCUACAGCUCUUCAACGGAUCCUGUUUCUAGUGCUACCUCGAGAUACUUUGCUGCAGACAUUAGUUGUCAUGAGGAGUCUCAUGGUGUUCAUGAUUUCAGAUUGGAACAAGAGGCUGAUGAAAAGUUGCUUCAAAGAGCUAAAGAAGUUGAUGCAUGCUUUAUGCUUUCUCCACUAGAAAACAGGAAGCUUAAUGCACUCAGGGACAAGAGGUUGGAUUCAACUGAAAUGUUGCAACUCAUUCAAGGUCUGAUUGAAGAUAGAAAAAUGUUGGCAUCUGAAUUAUCUUCACAGAUUAAGGCACGUCUUACUGAAAGAUUUGCAACCAAAGAAGAAUAUAAGAGAUCCAAGUUAGAAUUAGAAACUAGAACUAGAAGGCUGGAAAAGGAGAAGAUCGACAUACAAAGUAACUUGGAGACAGAAUUGGAUAGAAGGUCAAGUGAUUGGUCAGUCAAGCUGGAGAGAUCUCAAUUUGAAGAACAAAGACUACGGGAAAGGGUAAGAGAGAUUGCAGAGCAGAAUGUGUCAUUUCAGAGAGAAAUUACUUUGCUUCAAUCCUACAAAGUUGAUGCUACUAGUAGGAUUAAAAGUCUAGAGCUGCAAAACAAGCAUCUGGACAAUGAGUUACAGAAAGUAAAAGUUGAUCACGAAAACCUUCACAACUCCUUAGUAGAAUCGCAUGAUAAACUUGCUCAAGCUAUAGCGGAAAGGGAUAAAAUCCGAGAACUUUUAGAAGACAAAGCGGAGGCCAAUAAGGCGUUACACAAAAUUAUUGCAAGAUUACAAAGGGCAUGCAACGAACAGGAGAAAACAAUAGCUGGCCUGAGACAAGGAUUCGGUGCCGAAUUAGAAAAGAGAGCUGCUGGAAAUAGUGAUAUGAUAAACAGAAUGCAAAUGGAACUUAACAGACUUACUGGGGUUGAACAAAAUCUGAGAAAAGAAAUUCAAUCCUGUACCCUUGAGAUGGAGUCUCUUAGGCAAGAGAAUAUAGCGAUUUUAAAUCGUCUACAAAGGAGUGAAGACGGAGUGAAUUUUUCCACAAUUCUUCUUGACCAGGAGCUUCAUGCUAGAGUGGAAAGUCUGCAGACACAAGCUUUAUCAUUACUUGAUGAUGCUAGCCAACUUUGUGCCAAGUUGUUGGAAUUGAUCAAACCAAAGAGUAGCAAGAACAGUGGUGAUGUUGAUGCAUUAGUAGUCAUCGAGCAUACUCUAAAGUACCAGAGCAUGAAUGGAGGAAUUGAGAACGUAAAACAGAGGCUGCGUGCAAUUAAAUCCCUGCUGACGGAGAAACAAAACAAAGAAGAGACUAGACAGAGUGCUGGAGGUUGUCUUCUGGGACAAGAAAAGGUAUCCGGGGAUGACAUUGAAACUAGGCUAAGAGAAGAAGCUGUGAUCAGUAGAAUACUAAAGGAGAAGCUAUUGUCCAAGGAACUAGACAUUGAGCAAUUGCAGUCAGAUCUAGCAGCUUCAGUUAGGAUCCAAGAUGUACUGCAAAAUGAGAUCCAGAGAGUUCAAGAUGAACUACGUUGCCUUACACACAAGUCUAAGCAUUUGGAAGUUCAGGUUUCAAAGAAAGACGGGACAAUUAACCAGAUCGAGCAGGAUUUCCAGGAAUCUGCUAAGGAGCUGACUGCUCUUCGGUGCAUGCUCAGAACAGUAAGUGAUGAAAGAGAUGUCUCGUGGCAGGAAUCAAAACAGCUGAAAAGAACUGUCAAUGGCUUGCAAAAUGAAGUCGCUUCACUGAAGCAGAAGAUUAAAUUGCUUGAUGAAGAUAUAAUGCUUAAGGAGAGCGAGAUACUGCUUCGGGAUGGUGAGAUUUCAAUAUUAAGGGACAGUAUUGACAAGCCGUUUGACAUCUGCAGCCCUCGGUCCCUGAAGCAGUUUGGCUUGGAGUAAAUUUGCUCAGAACAAAUAGCAGAUCUUGAUUUUGAAAUGGAUGUUAUUUUCCUUUCUGCACAAAGAUAAUAGCUUUUAUCGCUCUUUACAUAGAGUUCAUAUACUUGUGAACACUGAACCACGGCUCAUAACCGUGCUCGUUUAGCCAAUACAAUAUAUUCUGCAUUUUAGCCA